AUGAGUGAACGACAUCUCACGUCUUCUACUUAUCCUCAACAACAAUGGCAACAGAGUCAGAAACCAAGUUCUAAUGGAGGUCAUCAAGGUCAUUUUAUAGUGCCUUCUUCACAACGACCACAUUCAACUUCGGAUGAUGAUAUGACGGAACAUGAAGAUUUUACUAAUGAUGCAUCCACUAAAAUUGUUCAACGUCGUCAUAAACGAAAACAGGUUCAAAUUACACACAAUUAUAAUACGAGACAAAACGCCAAUCGACAGUCAAAUCCACGGACAACAGCAGUUCAGUUCGAUUCCACUCAGUUAAAUCAGUCUAUUCAGUCUACUCAAUUUUUUCAGUUAGAUCAGCUUAUUCAGCCGAACCAGCAACAGACAGAAACGAUGACUGCUUCAACAUUUAACAACGAUCAAUUAACUGAAGAAGCUGAAAAGUUUGCACGUACACGUUAUCCAUUUCCACCCUUUAUUGUUCGUUUUCCAUCAUCUAAUGUAAACGAACAGAAGGUAUCAGAGAAAUUAUGUAAACAUCUGAAAGACAAUAAACAUGUUCAAUUGGAAUUAAUUGGAUAUCGUCGUUCGACUCUUAAAUGUGCGAGGACCUUUCUCAGUUCUGUGAUGAAAAGUCAGUGA